AUGGGCUCUCUCGCAGCAGCAGGGCGGCCAAACGGCGUCUCAAUGGCAGCCUCCCGGCACAUCAGCCAACAAGCCAAAGCCUUGCACAUUAAUGGCCAACGGUUGAUGGACUCGAUACACUCGACUUGCGAUUUUGGCAAGGCGCAUCCUUAUGGCGAGCAUCACACAGAGACUGGCAUGGCCCGAUUGGCACUAAAUGACGACGACAAAAGCGUACGGCAAUGGCUGAUAGAGCAAGUCAAAGCUCUCGGUUGUACCGUGACGGUUGACCAAAUGGGCAAUAUAUUUGCUGUUCGAGCUGGUAAGACUGCCAAUGUGGCUCCCAUAAUGAUUGGAUCCCACCUCGACACGCAGCCCACUGGUGGUAGAUAUGAUGGCAUUCUUGGUGUUCUCUCUGGUCUCGAAGCCCUGAGGACCUUACAUGAUAACAACUUCGAGACCAACGGUCCCGUAGGACUGGUUAAUUGGACCAACGAGGAGGGCGCUCGAUUCCCCAUGGUGACUGUUUCUUCUGGAGUUUGGGCGGGCUCGAUUCCCAUUGAAGAUGCCUGGAACUGCCUAGAAACCAGCACGUUGUGCAAGGGCGAGCAGCGCCAAACCCUAAAACAGGAGCUCCAGCGCAUUGGCUUCCUGGGCGACACGCCAGCGUCAUACAAGGCUUUCCCCAUGGCCGCCCAUUUCGAGCUCCACAUUGAGCAAGGGCCUAUACUGGAAAACGAGAGCCAAAAGAUUGGAGUCGUUACCGGAGGGCAGGCCUACUCAUGGUACGAAGUGACCAUCAAGGGACAGGACUGUCACGCCGGCACAACCCCGCUAUACGCUCGCAAGGAUGCUCUUUUGGCGGCCGCAAAAAUGAUUGUCUACUCCAACAGCGUGGCCAAGGAGUUUGACGGCCUCAUUACCACGGGCGACCUGAAAGCGGAACCUGGUAGCAUGAACACAAUGGCGCACACGGUGAAAUUUACCUUGGACAUGCGACACUUUAGCGACGAUCAACUCUCCAAAAUGGUCGAAACAUGCCAAAGGAAUUUCAGUCGCAUUGCCCGCGAAGAGUGCGAGCGGGGAGUAGAGGUGGAAUGGACAUGCCUCACAGAGAACACGGCAGUCGAAUUCGACGCUGGCUGCAUCGAAGCGAUAGAGGAGUCUGCCAAGGAGGCAUGCGCCGGGCUGCCUCAAAAGCCGGACCAGAAACUGUGGAGGCGCAUGUUGAGCGGUGCUGGCCACGAUAGCUGUCAUGUGAGCAAAAGGAGCCCGACGGCCAUGAUUUUCACGCCCACCAGGGAUGGUAUGAGCCAUACUCCAACCGAAUACUGCAGUCCGGAAGACUGCGUGCUCGGAGCCCAGGUUCUGCUAGGCGCCGUUCUGAGAUAUGAUGCAGGGCGGGUUGUGUAA